CCCACCACCUUAAUUCUCAUCAACUAGCUCUUGUUCUAUACUUGUAGUAGUGCUUGAGCUUGAGCUAGUUGGUCCAAUGGCUUCUUCCAAGUCUUCAGCAACCAUAUGUGAUCUCUUUCUCAUCUUCAACCUUCUCUUCUUCACUUUUGGGACCUCUUCUCUGACGUCUAUCCCUGUACUACACCCACCAACACCUGCGGCUACUCCUCCAAGAAGCGUACAACCUGGUUCUGGUGGCCAUGCUCCUGCACCAACACCAGCAAGCCCAGCUCCCGGUAAUGGUGGUCAUGGUGUACCAAUACCUAACCCUAUUACUCCUCCAGCAAGCCCAGCUCCUGGCAAUGGUGGUCAUGGUGUACCAACACCUCAACCUAUUACUCCUCCAGCAAGCCCACCUUCUGGUAAUGGUCAUGGUGGACCUAGUCCUCCAGCAAGCCCACCUUCUGGUAAUGGUGGCCAAUGCCCAGUGAAGCUCGCUUCGCUUAAAGUAUGUGCUGGAGUGCUUAAUGGCCUUGUCAGCGUUAAUGGACCAUGCUGCCCACUCAUUAACGGUUUGGCAAGCCUUGAUGCUGAGGUGUGUCUAUGCGCUGCAAUUAAAGCAAAUGUCUUGGGAUACAUCCAAAUAGAUGCCACUGUUGCCGUUAAAUUGAUCGUCGGCAGCUGUGGCAAGCCAACUAGUCCGGGGUUCAAGUGUCCAAAUUAAACGCCAAACAAGUUGGUGAUGAUGAUGAUGCUGGGGCUCACCAGUUUCUGGUUAAGAUAUCGAUACAAUAAAAGAGAAUAAGAGCUAAGAAAGAAUAGUACUACGAGCCAAUAUUUCCAUAUAUUUAUAUAUGUGGAGGGCUAUAUAAUUAAAGCUAAAUAUACAAUAUAUAUAUAUAUAUAUAUGUAAUGAGAUAAUAAUUAAUAAGGUGUGGAGAUGCUUGCAAGCAUUUUUCUCUUGCAGUGUGGACUUCUUGUUUACGCGUGUUUACAAGAACUAAUAUUACUUG